AUGGUUAGUAUCUGCACAUGGAACAUUAGAGGGCUCAAUGACCCCUCUAAAGUCACUGAGGUAAAAAAACUCCUUCAUACUUACAAUAUUAAAGUUAUGGCAAUUCUGGAAACUAGGGUUAAAAGUAGGAAGUCUCAAGUAAUAAUGGAUAAGUUUGGUAGCAAGUGGUGUUGGGCUAACAAUUAUAGCUGUAGUGACAAAGGAAGAAUUUGGCUAGGGUGGAAUCCUGAUUCUGUAUCUCUUACAAUUGAGCAAGUGGAUGAGCAAUUCAUUCAUUGUUCAGUUCCUAAUAUUCAUGGGGACUUUGAGUUCUUUUUUACAGCAAUUUAUGGGCUUCACACCAUAGAUACUAGGAGAGCACUUUGGAGGGAAUUGGGGAAUGUAAACUCUAAAGUUGGUAGCUGGCCUUGGAUGUUAUCUGGUGAUUUUAACACUAUCCUAGCAGUUCAGGAUAGAAUUAAUGGAACAGCUGUCACUUUGGCUGAGAUUAAGGAUUUUGGGGAAUUUGUGGAUAAGUAUGUUCUCACUGAAUUAAAGAGCACUGGUCAUGUUUUUUCUUGGCACAAAGGUGGGGAUGGCACCAAGACAACAAGUAGAAUAGAUAGAUGUCUUGGAAAUGUGGAGUGGAUGGAUAAAAAGAGCUUGGUUUGCACUGAGUACUUGAAUGCUGGUAUUUCUGAUCAUUGUCCUGUUCUCAUUAAUUGUCUUGCUGAUGAUAACAAGGGUGGCAGGCCUUUUAAAAUUUUCAACUACUUAGUUGAUCAUCCAGAUUUCAUGGAUAUAGUGGAACAAUGUUGGAAGGAAACUCCUCCUGGUAAUGUCAUGUUCUCAGUGUGGCAUAGAUUUAAACUGAUUAGACACAAGCUCAAGCUCCUUCAUUGUAAGGAGUUUAAGGGUAUUCAGGAGAAGAUUGAUCAAAGUAGACUAGAGCUUGAUGGCAUCCAAGACCAGCUCAAAUUGUUACCAUCUGAUGGUCCUCUCUUGAUUAUGGAACAAACUUGUUCUAUUAAGCUUCGAAAAUGGUUAGAAAUUGAAGAUACAACUCUGAAGCAGAAGGCAAGGCUACAGUGGUUGCACAAUGGUGAUUCCAACAAUAAAUUCUUUUUUGCAGCAGUGAAAGAAAGACACAGGAUUAAUAGAAUUUCAUCUUUGUAUGAUGUCAAUGAUAACAAACUGGUGAAACCCAGUGAUAUUCAGAAAUGGGUUUCCCUACCUUGUUCCUUGAGUGGAUCUUUUCUUGCCUCUCUUCUGUCUCUUAUAGUGUUCUACUUAAUGGCAAGCCUUGUGUUCCUUUUCUUGCUAAAAAGGGCUUGA